AUGUUAAAAUUCUCUAUAUUUAUCUUUUGUUUCUUUUUGUGUCACAUUGUUGCUGAGGUUAAGGAUGGCCAUUGCAUUUGGUAUGACCAAUGUGGCAGAAAUUCUAAAGGCAAGCUCACAAACUGUGAAUACAAUGGUACUGCAAAAUUAUUGACAGACGAAACCGCUUUACAAACAUUAGAAACAGCUUGUGGAAUGAUCUAUAAUGGAUCAAAUGAUACCUACACUUGUUGUUCAUCGGAACAAAUAGCGACGAUGGCGGACCAAUUUGGUAUGGCAAAAUUGAUGUUAGGCCGUUGUCCAUCUUGUUACUACAAUUUUCGUUCGUUAUUCUGUGCUAUGACGUGUGCUGCUAAUCAAAGUAAUUAUCUAAGUGUUAUUGAAACGGGCACUAGUGAAAAAUAUCCGGGACGUAUUACUGUUGAAUCGAUUAAUUACACAGUUGCUGACGAUUUUGCUCAGCGUAUUCUUGAUUCGUGUCGAGAUGUCCUAUAUCCCGGCGGAAAUCAACACUCACUCGAUACCAUGUGUGGUCGUCCGUACGAUAAAUGUACAAAAGAAUCGUUUAUGCAAUAUUUAUGUGUUGACAAUCCUGCUGUGCCAUUUCCUAUUUAUAUUCUAUUUCAAAAUGAUACAACACAAAGUGAAACCUAUUUUAACCAGACAACGUUUCUGUGUAAUGAACCACUAAUAACACAAUAUGAAAAUAAAACUGCCUGUGGUUGCCUAGACUGUUUGAAAUCGUGCCGACCGUUGCCACCGGAUGUGCCCGAGAAAAAGUUUCUUAUAUUUAAUAUGGAUGGCUGGGUUGUCAUUGCUGUAAUAUGUACUGUACUGCUUUUAAUUGUAUUUCAUGGAACUAUGGUUAUUUUGCCUACAUUUCGAAAGCGUCAAACAAUUAUCAUCGAACAACCUACAGAAGAAACUUCGCUGUUACGUGUAACUGUUCAAACGAAAAAAAGAGGUUGUCUUAUUAGUAUUCGUCGUCGUACAGAGCAAUAUCUGGAACGAAUGUUCUUUCGACUUGGCCUUGUAUGUGCUCAACAUCCGUUCAUUGUUUUGCUCACUGGUACUAUUGUCAUCGCUGGUCUCUCCAGUGGUUUAAUCAAAUUUCAAGUGACUACCGAUCCCGUUCAAUUAUGGUCAGCUAAAUCGAGUAUUGCUCGUCAACAAAAAGAUUAUUUCGAUAAACACUUCAAACCUUUCUACCGAACAACACAAUUGAUCAUUGUACCAGAUGACCAAACGUUUGAAACAUUUGAUUAUCUCUCCCCGCCUGCACCUUACGCUGAGUACACAUUUGGUCCUGUAUUCAAACUGGAUUUUCUUUCACGUGUACUUGAUCUUCAAACGGAAGUGUUAUCAUUAACAGCUGAUGUCGAUGAGAAAAACCGAACGGUCAGCUUAUCGGACAUCUGCUUCAAGCCUUUAGAGCCUGACAAUGAGAACUGCACAGUUUUCUCGAUCUUACAAUAUUUUCAAAAUUCGCGUGAAAAUCUCUAUAAACGUAUUGGCGAUGAUUUUUUUACAUUGUUCGACUAUACAACUCAUUUUAUCAGUUGUUCACAAGCACCAACAACAACUAAUGAUUCGCUGGGUCUUUCAUGUUUCGGAGAUUUUGGUGGAACAAUAAAUCCGUUUAUGGUUCUGGGUAAUUAUUCUGACGCAGCUUACGUCAAUGCAACAGCAUUAGUAAUUACUAUUGUCAUUGAGAAUUCUAAUGAUCCGGAAAAAGUUCAAUUAGCCGAAGCUUGGGAAAAGGUUUUCCUUAGUUUUAUGAAGAACUUCACAGAAGAACAAAAAUCUCUACGUGCUGCUGGAGAAUGGAACCAAACAGCAAAUUUCACUGUGUAUUACAGUGCUGAACGUUCAAUCGAAGAUGAAUUGAAUCGACAAAGUCAAUCAGAUAUUUUAACGAUUGCUAUCUCUUAUACAAUCAUGUUUCUCUAUGUUACCUUAACACUUGGUCAUAUUCGAUCAUGGCGUACAUGUUUAAUCGAUUUGAAAAUCUCUGUGGGAUUCAUCGGUGUUCUUUUUGUUUUGUUAUCUGUAAUGAGUUCGAUUGGAUUUUUCUCCUAUUGUGGUAUUGCUGGUACAUUAAUUAUCUUCGAAGUUAUCCCAUUUCUGGUCUUGGCUGUUGGUGUGGAUAAUAUUUUCAUUAUUGUUCAACAUUUCGAACAUAUGAAAAAUGAAAAUUAUCCAUCGAUUGACAUACGUUUAGCCACAACAAUCAGUCGUAUUGGUCCAUCAAUCUUACUGACAGCGUCAAGUGAAUCGAUUGCUUUUCUUCUCGGUGCAUUGACACCAAUGCCCGCUGUACAAAUCUUUUCGUUAUACGCAUUUAUGGCUGUAUUGAUUGAUUUUCUACUUCAAAUCACGUGCUUCGUGUCAGUACUUGCACUUGAUGCUCGACGACAAGAUUCGAAUCGAUCUGAUCUUUGUUGUUGUGUACCAGUGUCUUUAACUUUACCAACAGAUAAUCCAAAUGAACCAAGAAGUAAAGGAAUUCUACAGCAAAUCUUUGCUAAAGUUUGGACACCAUUCGUUCUUGGUAACACUUACGUUCGUGCACUUAUAUUUUCAAUCUUUAUCGCAAUUACAUGUUUGUCGCUAUCAAUCAUUCACCGAAUACCUAUCGGUCUUGAUCAAAAACUAUCAAUGCCAAAAGAUUCCUAUGUAUUAGAUUACUUCUAUGGACUAGAAAACUAUCUCAGCGUUGGUGCGCCAGUGUAUUUUGUGGUUAAUCAAGAUGCAAUUGAUUAUAAAAACAUAAGUGAACAAGAUUUACUUUGUGGCACAUCGGGUUGUUCUUCAAUGUCUUUACUUGGACAAAUCGGUGAAGCAUUGAGACAACCGAAACUUUAUUAUCUUGCUCAAUCACCUUCGUCAUGGCUUGACGAUUAUUUCGACUGGUUACAAUCAACGAAUGAUCCACCCUGUUGUCGAAUAAACAAUCGAACGCACGAAUUUUGUCCAGCAACGGUAAACGAUACAUUAUGUUUGAAAUGUCCAAUAACAUUCCAAGACAAUCAACGACCAUCGCCAGACGAUUUUCAAAGAUAUAUUCAAUAUUUUCUCAUCGACAAUCCCGGAGAGAAAUGUCCUAAGGGUGGUCAUGCUGCUUAUCACGAUGCUGUUGAAUUAAUUAACCGAACUGAAGUGAAAACAUCCUACUUUAUGGGUUUUCAUUCAGUAUUGAAAACAUCCAAGGACUUCAUCGGUGCAAUGAAAAGUGCAAAUGAGAUAGCGAAAAACAUUUCUAAAACUAUUCUAAACAAUCAAACUCGACCAUACCACGAUUCGAACAAGCUCGAAGAUUACCCCGUCUUUCCCUACAGUGUAUUCUAUGUUUUCUAUGAUCAAUAUUUGACUAUAUGGCGUGAUCUUAUUGUGAAUUUGAUUUAUUCGUUUACGGCUGUAUUUCUCGUUACAUGUAUUUUACUUGGUUUCGACUUUCAUACAGCAUUUCUAAUUCUUCUUUGUGUAUUCAUGAUUAUCAUCGACAUGUUUGGCGUUAUGUACCUGUGGCAUAUUGAAUUAAACGCAGUAUCUGUUGUAAAUAUUGUCAUGUCGGUGGGUAUUGCAGUUGAAUUCUGUGCUCACAUUGCACGUUAUUUUGCUGUUCAACCGGGUGAGACUCGAUUGAUCCGUGCUCGAAUAGCAUUAGCUGAGAUGGGUAGUUCGGUGUUUAGUGGUAUAACACUAACUAAAAUCGGUGGUGUCGUAGUUCUCGCUUUUGCCAAGUCGCAAUUGUUUCAAGUGUUCUAUUUCCGAAUGUACUUCGCUCUAGUUAUUGUCGGAGCAAUGCACGGUUUACUAUUUCUACCCAUAUUAUUGAGCUAUUUCGGUCCUCAAUCACUGGAAUUUUAUGAUGAAGAAAAACAAACCCGUCAAGUUAGUACAUCUAACGCUAGUUUAUCAAGUGGAAUAAAUAUUAAUGAUGAUGAAGGUGACAUAUGUGAUUCUUCAAGAAAAUUAUAA